ACUACUAAUGGUUCGAUUGUCAAAGCAAUGCAUAUUAUUACCAAACGACGACAACAAAAAUUAUUUCAAUUAUUGAUUGAAUUUAUUAUUCAAGAUUGUCAACCUCUCAACAUUCUACGUAACCCAGCUUUUUGUCAAUUUGUAAACAAUUUGGAAGUUGGAUUUCAAAUUCCUUGUGAAGUAACGGCAAAAAAAAUGAUUGAUCAAGCUUAUAAUUGGAGUCACGAUCAACUAUUUGGUAUGAUGAAUACAAAUGGUGAAUUUGUUAAUCUUAUCAUGGAUUUAUAG